AUGAUGGAUCCAGUUCUCAUCUCAGUCAGAAGCCAGCAAAACCCUUCAUCAGUAUCUAAGCGAAGCUUAUUAUCAUCUUCUAUAGACUCUGCUCAAGAAGAAGCAUAUAAAUCAACAUUGAAAAAUUUAGAAGAAAAGAUCCGAUCUGCAGUCCACAAUGAAAAAGAACUGCAAAUUCUAUCAGCGAAAGAAAAAGAAAGAGAACUGCAGCUGAAAUCUGAAUUAAAACUUAAAAAUAAGUCAAAUGCUUUAGAAUUGGAACGACAAAUCAAUGAAAAGAAAAACCGUCUGCUUAAAGAAAAGGAGGAAUUUAAAGUUCCUGGGAUCUCAGAGGAUUUUCAUGGGUACCCAAACAUUCCAGAAACUCCUAAUUUUCCGUAUAUAAAUAUAGUGAGAAAUCUAAAGUUUUAGGAAAUAAAUUCCUAUAUGUAUAAAAAAAUACUACUGCAAUGUUUAAUUAUAAAUUUAAUAAUCUUUUAAAUUUCUAUUUAUUUUCUAAAAUUUAUCAGAGUAUUUUUAAAAUUAUUGCAAAAAAAUAUAUAUUUCUCUUAUAAAGAGAAUAAAAAUUUUUGUUCAUGAUAUGGAUAAGUAAGCAAUUAAGAAGGGAAAGAGAACUCGCCAUAAAGCGAGGAGUUAAAAAAGAUCUUACAUUACAAAUUCAAAGCAAAACCAAAGAACUUGAACAACAAAAAGCUAGAGAAAAAGAGCUUGAUUUAGACUUUUUGUCAAGAGCAAAACAGUCAUUGGAUAUUGAAAAAGAACUAAAAAAGGAUAAAAAAUUAAGAGAAAAAGAAUUAUUAACUUCCUAUUGGAAUCAAGAAAUUAAAGCAAAAGAGCUCAAGAAAAACUUCGAAAGAGCUGCCAGAGGCCAAAAAAUUAAAAAUAACGACAUAAUUAUUGAAGAUAAAGAAAACGAAGAAAUUGAAAUUGACUAUAAAAGCAACGAUAUAGAAGAACCACCAAAGGUGGAAAGCCCUAUAAUUCCAAAGCAAAAAGAGGAGGAAAAAAUCGAAGUUGACGAUAUUUAUAGAUCGCUCUAUAUCAAAAAGCUCGAAAAUUUGUUAGAAAAGAAAUCAAGUGAUACCAAAUCAAUUGUCUCCACUUACUCAAAAUUUGAUAAAAGGCAGAAAUUGCUUAGUCUCUCUUUGUUUAGCGAGCAGAGCUAUUAGAAAAAUUCUAUUUUGAUAGAUAAUAAUAAUUAUAAUUAUUAUUAUUAUUAUUAUUAUUAUAAUAAGAUCUCAAAUUAAUGAAAUUUUAAUCUAGAAAUAUAUAUUUUUAAAAUUAAUAAAAUUUACUAUCUUUAUAAGAACUAAAAUUAAGAAGAAUUUUAUAUAGAAUUAUUUAAUUAAUCCCUUUAUUCCUGAUCAAAAAUUAUUGCACAUUUAAUGAAGGAGAAUUAAUAAAGCAAUGCAAAUUAAAGCAAAAAUUGACCAGCAAACUCAAAGGAAUUAUCAGGAAAAAAUUAAAAGUAUGAUCAUAGUUAAAAUGGUAAGACCUGGUAAAGGACAGCUCCAUUAUUCGGGCUCAGUAAAGGGAAUCCUUGAUUCUCUGAGAGUCUUGGUCAACAGAAACUCUACCAAGUGUGCGUGGUAAUGGAAAAGAGAGUUCUUAAGAGCUGGAGGCUAAUGAAGUUCUAAGAUUUGAAUAGCUGCCGACUCGUUGCUCAGAGUGGAGAUCGUUCUCUAUUAAUUACUCACAGAGAAGACAAAAAUUAAUUGAUUUGAGUAAUUUUAUUAACUAACUAAAAAUAUGAUUAACCAAGCGAAAAGGCAUCGAAACAGAUUCAGCAAUUCUGUGUCUCCUGGAUUUUCACCUAUACCUAGAUAUUCAUCAUUAGGGUAA